UAUGGAAAUAAAAGUCGAAGAAAAAGCUUCCACUUCUUAUUUGCAUUUAUUUUAAUUCUGUUACCAACAUGUUGUUACAGUGAGGAAAAAAUUGUUCGAGUGGAUCCAUUAGCUCUUUUAUCAGAAACUUUACGUACCUACACAAGAACAGGUUGUGACCAUGAACCAAUAACACUCAGUUGCCCACGAGGGACAUCAAUAUCAAUAGAUGUCGCACAAUAUAUGCCAACAUCAAUGGAAAACGAAUGCGUGUCAACUGUGACGGAAAAUAUUAUUCAAGAUGGUGUUGUGAAUGCUGGAACUGAAAUAGAAAUCAAAGCUCCAGAAAAGUGUUCUUGGCCAAACGUAUUGAGUUACUCUUUACUCCAGACUGUUGUCGAAGCAUGUCAAAAGAAGCGACAUUGUAAAUUUCUGUCAUCACCAAAGACACUUCAAGGAGAUCCUUGCCCAGCAGUGAGAAAAUUUGUGGAAAUUUCUUAUAAAUGCAGACCUUACGAAUUUCGUAGCAAAGUCGCAUGUGAGAACGAUGUUAUUCAGCUUAUGUGCAAUCCAUACUCAAGAAUUGCAAUUUAUGGUGCCAGUUAUGGUCGAACAGAAUAUGAAAGCUUAACAUGUGCACAACCAACUGGUGGUGUCAAAGAAGAUUUCGAACCAUGUCCACCAGCUCCAGGAACCACUGAGACCGUUAUGAAGAUUUGUCAUGGCCAAAGAAAAUGUUCUCUGACGGCCGACAGUGGCACGUUUGGAAAACCAUGUAAACCGGAGAUGAGAAUGUAUCUUAAAGUUGUUUACACAUGUGUGCCCAAAAAAGUACUUAAGGAUCGUUUCGAUACACCGCCUGAACCCGAUGAACCGCAUCAGAAUGAUGUCGACCACGACCAUGAUGAAUUAUAUGAUGACGAUCAAUUCUACAAGGAACCGGAAGCGAUACCGCCUGAACCAAAGCUUCAAGGUGAUUUGGCCAAAGAAAGAGGCACCGACAUUAUCCCGUCCAUCAUAACUGUCCAAUCAUCUUCGGUACGACCACCGUUGAGAAAUCGAGACGAUUCAUCGCUUGAAGAACAUCAUGAGCGCUACUAUCUUUAUCUCAUCAUUUCUGUAACAAUCGGUGUCUUGCUUUGUCUUAUUAUUAUUACUGGUCGAAUAAUAAUUCAGAAGCAACACGAUGAUGCUGAUGAAUCAUCAAAAGAUGAACCGAAAUUCCACAAAUCAAACACGGGUGAAACGACAAUCACGAAAGGCUUUUCGGGUGAUAACAUUUGCGACAUGGAAGGUGGUGAUAUCGAUCUUACUCAACCCAUGGGAAUGAGUAAUCUUCCGGUGAAGAAUGAGAAAUCAUCAUUUAACACGUACGCGCCAUCACUCGCACCCUACGUUAGCAUUGUACCAACGAGUUCAUCCGCAUUACUAAUUCGACCGCCAUCGGCAAUUCAACAUCAACAACAACAACAAGCAUCAUCAAUUUUAAUAGGAUCGGGUGGAUUAAAUAACAAUCCAUCAAUAUUAACACAAUCACCAUCCAAUUUAGCAAAUUUACAAUUCCGAACGUUGCCACGACAACAUUUAGGUGUACAAAGGAGCGUUACAUCUGACAGUGGCACGCUUGUUAGCGUAAUUCCAUCGCCAUCUUCUUACAUGAGCGGUUCAAUUAUGGGACAUCAUACGAUUCGUCGCCCAACACAAUCUGGUCUCGUGGAAUCAAUUCCAACAAGCAUGUCAGUGAAUUUUUAUCCUCGUAAUCCUCAACUUGCUAUUAACACAUCACAACAUCAACAGUUCUUCUAUGGAUGACAACAAAUGAGUCCAAUUCCUGCCGCACUAUCACCAGCCGUCACGAUGCCCCAAUCGAUUCUGAAACCGUCUGUGAAUUAUCAGAAACCCUCGUAUGAUGAGAAGGAAGAAGCAAAUAACAAGAAUGAUGCGAC